AUGGCCACAGGCGCUGGCGAGUGCCCCGGGAAGGCCAGCCAGUACCGGGUGGAUCACCUCCUCAGUGCGGUGGAGAGUGAGCUGCAGGCCGGCAGCGAGAAGGGCGACCCCACGGAGAGGGAACUGAGAGUCUCCCUGGAUGAGAGCGAGCUUUGGCACAGGUUUAAGGACCUUACAAAUGAAAUGAUAGUUACAAAGAAUGGCAGGCGCAUGUUUCCCGUGCUGAAAGUGAACGUGUCUGGAUUGGACCCGAACGCCAUGUAUUCUUUUUUGCUGGACUUUGUGUCUGCGGACAACCACAGAUGGAAAUAUGUCAACGGGGAGUGGGUCCCCGGAGGAAAGCCUGAACCUCAAACUCCCAGCUGCGUAUACAUCCAUCCGGACUCUCCAAACUUCGGAGCGCACUGGAUGAAAGCUCCCGUCUCCUUUAGUAAAGUCAAACUCACCAAUAAACUCAACGGAGGGGGUCAGAUAAUGUUAAAUUCCUUACACAAGUACGAGCCACGCAUCCAUAUAGUGCGCGUGGGAGGCCCAAGGAGAAUGAUCACCAGCCACUCUUUCCCAGAGACUCAGUUCAUUGCAGUAACAGCAUACCAGAAUGAAGAGAUAACUGCUCUUAAAAUAAAGUACAAUCCUUUUGCCAAGGCCUUCCUAGAUGCAAAGGAGAGAAGUGAUAACAAAGACACGAGAGAAGAUGCCAAUGAAAACCAACAAUCAACUUACUCUCAAUUAGGUGGCUGGUUUAUUCCUGGGACAGGCUCCCUCUGCCCUCCUGCCAGUCCUCAUAGCCAGUUUGGGAACCCCAUCUCGCUCUCGCCGUCCCAUGGCUGUGAGCGCUACUCUACCCUGCGGAGCCCCCGCUCUGCCCCCUACACCAGCCCGUACGCCCAUCGGACUAACUCGCCCACUGGUUACUCCGAUAACUCUUCAGCCUGUCUGUCGAUGUUCUCAAGCCACGAUAACUGGUCCAGUCUGCAGAUGCCAGCACACUCCAGCAUGAUGCCCAUGGCCCACAAUUCCACUUCUAAUGCCAAUGCUAGUCAGUACACCAGCCUGUGGUCUGUGAGUAACUCGCCCCUGACUGCUGUGUCCCAGAAUGGAGGGAUAAACAACAGCCUGAGCUCCCAGUUCCUUCGAGGGUCCAGCAGCCACUACCCAGGGUUGUCUCACUCAGUCACAGCGCCCUCCUCUGGCUCUCCCAUGUACGAUAGCAGCACAGCCACAGAAAUGCAUGACACAGCUCAGUACAACACCUCUCCACAGGGGCGGCUACCUUCAGCCUGGACCCCUGUUACGCCUCCGUCCCUCUGA